AUGCUGACCCCCACGCCUCACGACUCCUCUGCCUGCAGCUUUGGCGACACCGACACGGUCCACAGCUGGACGGCCGUGCUGCUGGCAGUGGUGAUCAUGGUGGUGGCGGCGCUGCUGGCCGCUAUUGGAGUGACUGUGGCAUGCAACACGCGGGGCGUGCGGGAGAAAGUGGCAGCAGUGGAGGUGCUGAAGGAGAGAACGCAGGCGGCGGAGCGCAACAAGAGUGCCUUCAUCGCCAACACUGCGCAUGAGCUGCGCACCCCCAUCAUCGGCCUCAAGGGCAUGUUGGAGGAGCUGGCGGAGGGACACCUCUCUCACACAAUUCUCCAUUCCCCCCGCCCCUUCUCUCCCCACAGGCAUGUUGGAGGAGCUGGCGGAGGGACACCUCUCUCACACAAUUUCCCAUUCCCCCCGCCCCUUCUCUCCCCACAGGCAUGUUGGAGGAGCUGGCGGAGGGACACCUCUCUCACACAAUUCUCCAUUCCUCCCGCCCCUUCUCUCCCCACAGGCAUGUUGGAGGAGCUGGCGGAGGGACACCUCUCUCACACAAUUCUCCAUUCCCCCCGCCCCUUCUCUCCCCACAGGCAUGUUGGAGGAGCUGGCGGAGGGACACCUCUCUCACACAAUUCUCCAUUCCCCCCGCCCCUUCUCUCCCCACAGGCAUGUUGGAGGAGCUGGCGGAGGGACACCUCUCUCACACAAUUCUCCAUUCCCCCCGCCCCUUCUCUCCCCACAGGCAUGUUGGAGGAGCUGGCGGAGGGGGAGGUGGACGGGCGGCAGAGGGAGGACGUGGGGACGGCGGUGGGCGAGGUGGAGCGCAUCGUGGCGCUCAUCAACGUCGUGCUCGACGUCUCCAAGGCCGAGGCCGGCCGCCUGCACAUGGAGCACCUGCCCUUCCACACGCGCUCCUGGCUCAAAGAUGUGCUGCACUCCCAUGCCUGCGCCGCCCACGCGCGCAACCUCAAUUUCGCGUGCCGUGUGGAUACGAGUGUGCCCGAGGUGCUGCAGGGGGACUACAUGCGCCUGCAGCAAGUGCUGGACAGCAUCGUAGAUAAUGCCAUCAAGUUCACGAGCAGCGGGGGCGUGUGUGUGCGGCUGCAGUGCCUUCCCCCCGACACCCACAUCCCCACCCACCUGCUCUCCCUCGGCUGCCUCCUCGCUCAACCUACCCCCGGCUGCUCCUCGCUUUCUGCUGAUGCUGAUGCUGAUGCUGCCGAUGAUGGUGCCAAUAUUGGUGAAGCCACUUCUGCUGCUGCUGCCACUGCUGUCCCCACGGCUGCUGCUGCUGCUGCUGCUGCUGCUGCUGCUGCGCUUGGCGGUGAGCAGGAGCGAGGAGAGAGAGCGUGGAGGGAGCAGGUGUUGCAGCAUGGGUUGGUGCAGCAGGGGGCGGAGCAGCAGGGGGCGGAGCAGCGAGGGGUGCUGGGGGGCGUGGUGGGCGAUUGGGCCCCACAGCUGGCCUCGCUCUGCACUCGCUUCCUCCCUCGCCCCUCCCACCCGCCUCUGGGGGCGAUGGGGCAAGGGGAGGGCAACGAGAGGUGCGAGUGUGAUGAGGAGGAGGGAAGGGAGGGGAAGCUGGAGGGGGAGUGGGAAUGGAAGGGGCAAAGGGAGGAAGGUUGGAGUAAUGGAGAGAAUGGGCGCAGGGAAGGUGUGGGGGAUGAGGAACGUGGGAGAGGUGAAUGGGAGGGUGCAGCAGUGCAGUCAGUGGGUGGUAGGGAUGCGGCAGCAGGUGCAUGUGUGCAGCAAGGGCGGGAGGAGGGUGGCGAAGGGGAGAAGGCAGGUGAACGUGGCGCUUUUUGGAGAGGAGGAGAGGGGAGAGGAGAGGGGAGAGGAGCAAGGAGAGGAGAGGUGGCUUCUCUGAGGCACUGCGAAGAGGAGCAAGGGGGUGGCCCUGGUGGUAGAGCCAUGCGAGGUGCCGGUGUGCGUGAGGGGGGUGGUGCUGGCACAUAUGAGGUAGGCAGGGUAGCAAGAGCAGCAGCAUUAGGGGCAGGCGGUGGUGUGGGCUGGUGGAGCGAAACAGUAGAGAGGUGGUGGCGUGGACGGGGCAGAGAGGAGGGCACGGAGGCGGAGGGGGGAGGUGGCAGGCGGUGUGUGGUGCUGCUGACAUGUGAGGACACGGGGUGUGGCAUCGCAGAGGAGGAGCAGCGCGACGUGUUUCAGGCGUUCAUGCAGGUGAGCCCUGCCCCUCAUGCAGGUGAAUGUGUGUUGGGACACCAAGGCGUUCAUGCAGGUGAGCUCUUAGAAUGUGUGUUGGGGCACCAAGGCGUUCAUGCAGGUGAGCUCUUAGAAUGUGUGUUGGGGCACCAAGGCGUUCAUGCAGGUGAGCUCUUAGAAUGUGUGUUGGGGCACCAAGGCGUUCAUGCAGGUGAGCUCUUAGAAUGUGUGUUGGGGCACCAAGGCGUUCAUGCAGGUGAGCUCUUAGAAUGUGUGUUGGGGCACCAAGGCGUUCAUGCAGGUGAGCUCUUAGAAUGUGUGUUGGGGCACCAAGGCGUUCAUGCAGGUGAGCUCUUAGAAUGUGUGUUGGGGCACCAAGGCGUUCAUGCAGGUGAGCUCUUAGAAUGUGUGUUGGGGCACCAAGGCGUUCAUGCAGGUGAGCUCUUAGAAUGUGUGUUGGGGCACCAAGGCGUUCAUGCAGGUGAGCUCUUAGAGUGUGUGUUGGGGCACCAAGGCGUUCAUGCAGGUGAGCUCUUAGAAUGUGUGUUGGGGCACCAAGGCGUUCAUGCAGGUGAGCUUUUAGAAUGUGUGUUGGGGCACCAAGGCGUUCAUGCAGGCGAGCUCUUAGAAUGUGUGUUGGGGCACCAAGGCGUUCAUGCAGGUGAGCUCUUAGAAUGUGUGUUGGGGCACCAAGGCGUUCAUGCAGGUGAGCUCUUAGAAUGUGUGUUGGGGCACCAAGGCGUUCAUGCAGGUGAGCUCUUAGAAUGUGUGUUGGGGCACCAAGGCGUUCAUGCAGGUGAGCUCUUAGAAUGUGUGUUGGGGCACCAAGGCGUUCAGGCAGGUGAGCUCUUAGAAUGUGUGUUGGGGCACCAAGGCGUUCAUGCAGGUGAGCUCUUAGAAUGUGUGUUGGGGCACCAAGGCGUUCAUGCAGUGGGCAACAGAAGCUUCAGUGCGAGCGAGGGAGGGCAGGGAUGGGGAGAGGCGGAGGGCACAAGCGCGGUGGAGGGGGCGGGUGAGAAGGUGGUGAGCGCCAAGGACGCUCUCAAGGAGAUGCUUCAGGGCAUGGCGAUCCUGGUGGUGGACGACAACGUGAUCAACCGUUCUCAUCCCCUCUGCACCCCUUCUAUACCCGCUGUACCCGCCGUGGUGGACGACAACGUGAUCAACCGUGGUGGACGACAACGUGAUCAACCGUCCCUCUGUCUCACCCCUCUGCACCCCCCUGUACUCCCUGCACUCACCCAGGUGGUGGACGACAACGUGAUCAACCGGCGGGUGGCAGCGAGCACGCUGGCGCGGUACGGGGCGGAGGUGGCGCUGGCAGAGUCGGGCAAGGCGGCGCUGCGCCUGCUGCAGGCGCGCCACUCCUUCCGCCUCGUGCUCAUGGACCUCCACAUGCCCGCCCUCGACGGCUUCCACACCACCGCCCGCCUGCGCGCCUUCGAGGGCCAAGCCCACACCUCCCAACAGCAGCGCGUUCAUGUGGUGGCCAUGUCAGCGGAUGUGGACUGUGCCGUUGCCGCCCGUGCCACAGAGGCUGGCAUGGAUGGAGCCGUGCAGAAGCCACUCAAUGAGAGAGUGCUGCUGCAGUUUAGUACUCUCGCUUCCGCCCCGCCUACCGACCGGCCCCCGCUAGCGCGCCCCUUAGCCCCUCCUGUCGCACCCCUCUAA